CCCAAGUCCUAAUUAGAUCGGAAAAUUCGAAACUCUUCCACGCUAAUGGCGGCGAUUAAAUCCUGUUCCGCCGGCCGCUUCAAAAGCCCCGCAAUUUCCCUCCGCCAAGCCAGCGCCGGCGGGCGCAUCAAAAUGCCCGCCUUUCCCAUCAUUAAUCCCAGACCAGGAAUCAAGCUAUCGGCAUCCUCCUCCGGUGCAAUCAAGUGUGUGGAAUCGGGGUCCCCGGCUGAUCCGAUAAAGGACUCCUCGAUAAUCGUCGAGGGUCUCCGACAGUUGGAUGACGGGGGCGGCGGCGCCGACGAUGGUUCUGGAGAAAAUGGAGGGUUUCACGGCGGCGGAGACGGUGGAGGUCGCGGUGGAGAUGACGGCGGCGAUGGCGCCGCCGGGGAGAAGGAGGUUUGGCCCAUAAUGUUAUUCGCGGAUGAGGAUGUGAUUAAAAUGGCGGAUGAGGUGCGGGGCCUCGAACUUCCAGCUUAUAUGCCGGAAGCUGCCGAGGCCGCCGGAAUCCGAGCACAAUUUCUCCUUAAUCAGAAGAUGGCCGAUCCCGGUUUCCUCUUCCAUGUUGGAACAAAGGUAUUAAUUGGUUCAUGUAGGACAGCAUUUGCUCAAGUUCUGCAAUGGGGGAAAGAUUCGUGGUCAAAGCUUGAGAUGUGGGAAGCUUUUGUGGGCAUUGCAGUUAAUGUUUCUGUAGUUGGUAUGCUAGUUCGAAUUGGGAAGCCUUCUUUUUACACAGCUGGGUUAGUCCCUCCCAAUACACAGGAAGCUUGUGCUGCUCUUCCCAGCAGUGUUGUUGAGGCUGGAAGGCCGGGACGUAGAUCCUCUUUGAUGCAGCAAGUGGCUAAUUACUUCUAUAAGGGUUCAUUGUAUGGUUCAGUUGCAUUUGGGUGCGGAUUACUUGGUCAGGGCAUUGCAAAUACGAUCAUGAAUAUCAAGCGAAGGGUGAUGAAGUUAGAGGAGGACAUGGACAUUGCUGUAAAGAAGUUGGAAGAGGGCAUCCCUAUACCACUUCAAGUCGAAAGUGGCAUCCUUCGGGAUGUGUUUCGCGGUGUAUCUUCCUGCACACGGUACCAAGUCAUCAGGGGGAUCGAACGAGUGGUC